GGGCGGCCGGCGGCGGCGUGCAGCCGAGACGCGGCGAUGCCGGGUGCACUGUUUCUGGCGCUGCAGCACGACAGCGGGCGCAUGGAGCGCGGUGGCCGCCGCCGCAGCAGCGAGGCGGAGGAGGCGGAGAAGGGCAGGAUGAAGAGAACGAUUAUUAAAGAUUGGAAAACGAGACUGAGCUACUUCCUGCAGAACUCUUCCAAUUCUACUAAAACCAAGUCCAAGAAAGUGGGGAAACACCGCACGUACUUCAGACCUUCCCCUGAAGAAGCCCAGCUGUGGUCAGAAGCCUUUGAUGAACUUCUUGCUAACAAAUAUGGUCUUGCUGCUUUCCGAGCUUUUCUGAAGUCCGAGUUCUGUGAAGAGAAUAUUGAGUUCUGGUUGGCCUGUGAGGACUUCAAGAAAACCAAGUCACCCCAGAAGCUGACAUCAAAAGCAAAAAAAAUCUACAAUGACUUCAUUGAAAAGGAAGCUCCCAAAGAGAUAAAUAUAGACUUCCAAACCAAGAACAUGAUUGCCCAGAAUAUUCAAGAAGCCACACACACUUGCUUCAGUGCAGCACAGAAAAGAGUUUACAGCUUAAUGGAAAAUAACUCAUACCCACGGUUUUUGGAAUCUGAAUUCUAUCAGGAGCUGUGCAAGAAGACCCACAUCACCAGAACAGCCCAGGGAACAUGAGUGAUGGAGAAGAGGAAAAAGGAAGCCUCUCGGCUAGUGAGAAAGCAAGCCACACCUCAUGGCAGCAUCCUGACCUGAAAAUCUGAGACCCCAAGUGCUCAGUCUGUUUGCCACAAUGCAAGGACAAAUACUGACUAUGGUGCAAAGCUGAUGGCAAAGAGUGAUGCUGUUGGAGGACAUUCAGUGGUGAUGAAGAAGCCUGCCAGCCAGCUGCUGGCAACGGGCUUCUCUGCAAGUGCUGAAGUGAAAGCAUGCAUUAGACCAAGCUAUAUAACAUAAAAGUCAUUCUGUCAUGGCUGAGGUGGCGAUGCGGCAGGUCAGAACAGAGCUUCUUUCUUGUGAACAGAAGCUGCUGGGCAGCACUGGGAACUUGAGUAAUUGGUUGCAUACUUGUUUUUCCUAAACAUCAACCAGUAUUGCUGUUGCCAGCCACUUGAUUUGUUCACACUGGUUCUGUAAACUGCCUCUGGCUGCUAAGAGAUGUGUUUGGUUUCUGUGCAACUUCCAGACAGUACUGUGCAGUGAGGAAGGGAUUUAACUCUGUUCCCAGAGGAACAGGUUCUGCAACUCAAGUAUGCAGGGCUGGGUUGUGUCAGCAGGGCUGCACAAGGCCAUAGUGAGAGCAUAAUGUGGCCAACGUGAACAGGAGCUGUAUAGUAUUAUAUGUGAAUUAUGAUUGUGUUGAAUGCUGCAAUAAUGUCAUAAUUCUGUCUUGACGACAGCAAGCUUCAGUGAAGUCUCUUAUUGUUUUUAUUAAACUAUUUUGAUACAAA